UGCUUUGAUUACAAGCAACCAUUCAUUAUUGUUUCCGUAUCUAGAAGAGAGUUGAUAAGGAAAAAGAAGAAAAACCAGGAGCUCUGCCCGCUAUUCCUUCAAAAUUUCAAGCCUUCCCAAAAUCAAUAAUUGGGGAAGGCGGGUAGAUUUGUUCUUAGUUAUUUUGAUUCUUUGGGAUCAAACCAUAGCCACCCAUCAGAGACUAUUGUUGUGAUUCUUUCGAAAAUCGUGUUGGGAAUUUCUUUUUUGUGUAAUGGGUGUUUCAGAUGAUUGUGAUGGUGUUGGUUCAUUAUUGUCUUCACGGAGAUGGGGAGGUGGCUUUAAGAGCUUGACCAGGAGGAAACAGGUGGACUCUGCUAAUGAUAAGAAAGGACCUCAACUGGCCAAAGAGUUAUCUGUUCCCUACCUUGUUGCAAUUGGAGUUGGCUCAACAAUUGGAGCUGGAGUCUAUAUCCUAGUUGGAACAGUUGCUAGAGAACAUACUGGACCAGCCUUGACCAUUUCAUUUUUAAUAGCUGGAAUAGCUGCUGCUCUUUCAGCCUUUUGCUAUGCGGAGCUCUCUAGUCGUUGCCCUUCUGCAGGAAGUGCCUAUCAUUAUUCAUAUAUAUGUGCUGGAGAAGGACUUGCUUGGUUGGUUGGUUGGGCUUUAUUAUUGGAAUAUACACUUAGUGGGGCAGCUGUUGCCAGAGGAAUAUCUCCAAAUUUGGGAUUUCUUUUUGGAGGAGAGAACAACCUGCCAGCCUUUCUUGGCCGUCAAUAUAUCCCUGGGCUUGACAUUACAGUUGACCCCUUUGCAGCAGUUCUAGUUUUUAUUGUCACUGGGCUCCUGUCUGUGGGAAUUAAGGAGAGUACUCUAGCACAAGCUAUAGUGACAACAGCAAAUGUUUGCGUACUGCUAUUUGUCAUAAUAGCGGGUACUUAUUUGGGUUUCAAAUCUGGAUGGGUUGGAUAUGAGCUUCCUACUGGGUAUUUUCCCUUUGGGGUUGAUGGAAUGCUUGCUGGGUCUGCUACAGUAUUCUUUUCCUACAUUGGCUUUGAUACAGUUGCAAGCACCGCUGAAGAGGUGAAAAACCCUAAACGGGAUUUACCACUGGGUAUUGGGGCAUCACUUUCUAUCUGCUGUGCUUUGUACAUGUUGGUCUCUGUUGUCAUUGUCGGUUUAGUACCCUAUCAUGCAAUGGAUCCGGACACUCCCAUCUCCACUGCAUUUGCUAGCCAUGGGAUGAAUUGGGCUUCGUAUGUGAUAACUGUUGGAGCUGUUACUGCACUCUGCUCAACUUUGAUGGGUUCUCUUCUUCCUCAGCCACGAAUUCUGAUGGCAAUGGCUAGGGAUGGGUUGCUGCCCUCAUUCUUUUCAGAUGUUAAUGAACGCACACAAGUUCCUAUAAAGAGCACAGUGGUAACUGGAAUUGGUGCUGCAAUCUUGGCAUUCUUUAUGGAUGUUUCAGAAUUGGCAGGAAUGGUCAGCGUGGGUACACUUGUUGCAUUUACUAUGGUAGCAAUAUCUGUAUUGAUACUCAGGUAUGUCCCACCAGAUGAGGUGCCAUUGCCACCAUCUCUUCAGGAGUCUAUUGAUUCAUUUGCAUUGCGAUGUGGUGAGAGUAGUAAGGAAAGAAAUAGGAAAUAUCUUGUUGGCUCCUCUAAGGAUGGUACCCAAGCUCUGCUUGAUCAAGUAGACAUCUCUGUUGAAAUUCCUUUGAUUGCCAAACAUCUGCAUAUUGGCAACUAUGUUAUGAAUGAAAAUAAAAGGCGAAAAAUUGCUGGCUGGACAAUUAUGCUGACAUGUAUUGGGGAGUUUCUCCUUGCAUAUUCAGCUUCAAGUUUGGGCUUUCCAAGCUUUCUUCGGUACUCAUUGUGUGGAGUUGGUGGUGUUCUUAUUUUAUCUGGUCUUGUUGUGCUGACCUGUAUAGAUCAAGAUGAUGCACGCCACAGCUUCGGACACACAGGAGGUUUCAUAUGCCCAUUUGUCCCAUUGCUACCGAUUGCUUGUAUUCUCAUCAAUGUGUACCUUCUAGUUAAUCUCGGAGCUGCAACUUGGGCGCGGGUUUCUGUGUGGCUGGUUAUAGGGGUGGUGGUUUAUCUGUUUUAUGGCCGAACACACAGCUCACUGCGAGAUGCAGUUUAUGUUCCGGUGGCACAGGCAGAUGAAAUCUGUCGUGGUUCAGCAAACUAUGUGUCUUAGAAGCCAUUGUCAAGGAAAUUCAUGUGGUCCAAGUAUGGUUUGUAACAAAGGUGUUGUCUUGUUAAUAUUUGCUUACAUUAUUUAUUACAGGAAGGACUACAAAAGUAGUCCAGUCCAUGGUAACGGUAGACCUUAGAAAUAUGUUGUAGUGCAUCAUGUUUCUUCUUUGUAAAUAGAAUUUGUAACCAAAGUUUCACCACUUUAGUUAUUUCAUUAUACAAGUGUUUCAUAGCUUUCCUCUA